AUGUCUUUGACCUACUCGGACAAUCUCGCCCCACAACCCAUUACCGAUGUCUUCACCAGCGACACAUGCAUCGACCGAAGAAAGUGUCACCGGACGGUGCCCAUGAAGGUGCUGGCCCUCGGUGUGGGACGCACUGGAACGGCUUCGCUGCGCAUUGCCCUUGAGCGCCUGGGGUAUCUCAAGUGUUACCAUAUGAUGUCCGCGAGCAUGGAGAACCCCCCGGACUGCUUGAUGUGGCAUGAUGCUCUGCUUGCCAAGUACGAUGGUGUUGGUGAAUUUGGUCGCAAGGAAUGGGACCAGCUUUUGGGUGACUGCCAGGCUGUCUGUGACUGGCCUGCUUGUGCCUUUGCUAAGGAGCUUAUCGAGGCGUACCCCAACGCCAAGGUUAUCCUGACUACCCGUGAUGUGGACUCGUGGCAUGCUUCUGUCAUGAAGACCGUCUGGUGGCGUGUCUCCGACUGGGAACACAGCUUCGUUUCCAACUUCAGCUGGGCUGCUGGCAUGUACUACCCCAUGCUGAGCAAGUUCUUCCAGACCUUCUUCCGCGGCGACUUCCCCAAUAAGGGCAAGCAGGUCUACGAGGACCACGUCGCCGAGAUCCGCAGCAUGGUGCCUCCCGAGCGCCUGCUUGAAUACCAGAUCGGCGACGGCUGGGCCCCGCUGUGCGAGUUCCUCGGGGAGGAUAUCCCCGACACCCAGUUCCCUCGUGGCAAUGACAUGGCCGACUUCUUCAAGCGCUGCCGCGGCCGUAACAGGCGCCAGAUGCUCAACGCUGCUCUGCAGGCGUUCACCAUGGGUGGUACCAUCUUGGCCACUGGGUUGGCUGCCACUAUGGCCUUCAAGCGCUUUGCCCGGUGA